AUGCCACCUCCAAAAGAAUUUUCUGAAUAUUCUGAAGAUUUAGUUGAAAAGAAAACUGAAGAGCAUAAUGCUGGAAUUAAAAGAAAUAAUAUGAUAUUGAAUAGAUCAACACCUUUAGAAGUUUUCAAGCAAAAUAAAGAUAAAAGCAGGAAAAUCAAAUCUCAUACAAACGUUAUUCUGUUUAGAAUUUUACUUAAAAAAGAAGAUGCAAAAAAGUGGAAAUCUCCAGAAGAAUCAUUUAAUUUUGGUCAACGUAACAGAAGUGAGGAUGAGUUUAAAAGGAAAUGGGAUGAUGAUAUUGAUUUAUGUACAACAGAAUUAAUAUUUCACAGAGGUUUAGAAAAGGAGUUUAGGAACAUGAUCUGGGAUUUAAAAUAUAAUAAAGGAGAAUACACAAAAGAGGAAUUAACAGAGGUUGUCAAAGAAUUGAACAAAGGUAAAGAUGGAGAAAUUAUAAUUAAGAAUAAUCAAGUAUAUUGGAGACGUGAUUUUUCUGAGUUUAAGAAGAGAUAUUUACGAGAUUAUCCAAGAUGUAAAGAAUUAUCUGAUUACAAACAGGAA